AGGAACUUCUCUUUUGCCUUUGAAAACCAAAGCCUCAAGUUGUAGUUCCUUCCAAAUUCCAAUACAAACUCAAAUAUACAUUUGUACUUGUACUACAUUGUUUCAAAUUAGUUACUCUAUUCUAGUACGAUUUUUUUUCCGGCUUCAACAUCUUUUAUUUUAUUUAUUAUUAUAAUACUCGAUCAAGCGCAAAAUGAGUCAUCAAGUGUCAUCCGAAUUCUGCUUGAAGAAAGAAGACCCUUUGAACUGGGGAAUGGCGGCGGAUUCAUUAAAGGGCAGUCACUUGGACGAAGUGAAGCGUAUGGUGGCGGAGUACAGGAAGCCGGUGGUGAAGAUCGGCGGCGAAACCUUGACGGUGGCUCAGGUGGCCGCCAUCGCCGCGAGGGAUAAUAAUGAAGUGACGGUGGAGCUGUCGGAGGAUGCACGGGCGGGAGUUAAAGCCAGCAGUGAUUGGGUGAUGGAGAGCAUGAAUAAAGGGACCGACAGCUACGGUGUCACCACCGGUUUCGGUGCCACUUCACAUCGGAGAACCAAACAAGGUGGCGCUCUUCAAAAGGAACUCAUUAGAUUUUUAAAUGCUGGGAUCUUCGGUAACGGAACGGAAAGUAGUCACACUUUGCCGCACUCUGCAACCAGAGCCGCCAUGCUGGUUAGAAUCAACACACUUCUUCAAGGUUAUUCAGGAAUCAGAUUUGAGAUAUUGGAAGCCAUUACCACUUUCCUUAACCACAACAUUACUCCUUCCUUGCCUCUUCGUGGCACAAUCACCGCUUCCGGUGAUCUCGUCCCGCUUUCCUACAUUGCCGGACUACUGACCGGCCGGCCAAAUUCCAAAGCCGUUGGACCCAGCGGUGAAGCCCUUAACGCCGAAGAAGCCUUCUGCCUUGCCGGAAUUAAAAGCGGAUUCUUCGAGCUCCAGCCUAAAGAAGGUCUUGCUCUUGUUAAUGGCACCGCUGUUGGUUCCGGCAUGGCUUCCAUGGUUCUGUUCGAGGCCAACAUUCUUGCCGUCCUGUCCGAAGUUCUGUCAGCAAUUUUUGCUGAAGUGAUGAACGGAAAACCCGAGUUCACCGAUCAUUUGACCCACAAAUUGAAGCAUCAUCCGGGUCAAAUUGAGGCUGCUGCAAUUAUGGAACACAUUUUGGAUGGAAGCUCUUACGUGAAAGCAGCUCAGAAAUUGCACGAGAUGGAUCCCCUGCAGAAGCCUAAACAGGAUCGUUAUGCCCUGAGGACAUCUCCUCAAUGGCUCGGCCCGCAAAUCGAGGUCAUUCGGACCGCAACCAAGAUGAUUGAGAGGGAAAUCAACUCUGUUAAUGACAACCCUUUGAUUGAUGUGUCAAGGAACAAGGCCUUACAUGGCGGAAACUUUCAGGGCACCCCAAUUGGAGUUUCCAUGGAUAAUGCUAGAUUGGCAAUUGGUUCUAUUGGGAAACUUAUGUUUGCUCAAUUUUCUGAGCUUGUUAAUGAUUAUUAUAACAAUGGUUUGCCAUCCAAUCUUUCUGGAGGAAGGAAUCCUAGCUUGGAUUAUGGUUUCAAGGGAGCCGAGAUUGCUAUGGCUUCAUAUUGCUCAGAGCUUCAGUAUUUGGCUAACCCUGUUACUAAUCAUGUCCAGAGUGCUGAGCAACACAACCAAGAUGUCAACUCCUUGGGCUUAAUUUCUUCAAGGAAAACAGCUGAAGCAGUUGAAAUCUUGAAGCUGAUGUCAACCACAUUCUUGGUGGCACUCUGCCAAGCAAUUGAUCUGAGGUUCUUGGAGGAGAAUUUGAAGAACGCUGUGAAGAACACUGUCAGCCAAGUGGCCAAGAGGACACUUACAAUGGGUGCCAAUGGAGAACUCCACCCAUCCAGGUUCUGCGAGAAGGAUUUGCUCAGGGUUGUCGACCGCGAAUACACUUUCGCCUAUGUCGAUGAUCCUUGCAGUGCUAACUACCCAUUGAUGCAGAAGCUGAGGCAGGUACUGGUGGAUCAUGCACUGAAGAAUGGUGAUCAGGAGAAGAAUGCCAACACUUCAAUCUUCCAAAAGAUCGCCGCGUUCGAGGACGAGCUCAAGGCUGUUCUGCACAAGGAAGUAGAGGCUGCAAGGACUGCUCUUGAGAGUGGGAAUCCAGCGAUUCCAAACAGAAUUAAGGAGUGCAGAUCCUACCCAUUGUAUAAAUUUGUCAGGGAAGAGUUGGGAACAGAUAUGCUCACCGGAGAGAAGGUCCAAUCGCCCGGCGAGGUGUUUGACAAGGUCUUCACAGCAAUGAACAAGGGCAAGAUCAUUGAUCCUUUGUUUGAAUGUCUGCAGGAGUGGAAUGGUGCUCCUAUCCCAAUUUGUUGAUGGUUUGGUUUGUUUGAUCCAUAUAGUUCUUUUUUUUUUGUAUUUAUCUUUUUUUCAUUUUUCUUCUUUUUUGGGUUGCAUCCUCUAUAUUAGAGGAUCUACGUGUAACAAACAUCCUUCCUGAGGAUCACUGUAAUCUGGAGAGAACUCCAAUGUUGUUAAUCACUUACUGCCUUUUCACACAAUUUAUAAACUUGAUUUCUGGAUAUUUUGUGGACUGAACAAUGGACUCGUUCUAUAACUGCAUCCAAAUUACGAGUCUUUGACAUCAUGCUAUAACUAAAACUCUACGAUGGACCUUUGCCACGAUUAGUAGAAAGUAUAUAAAGAUGAGUGAGUGUAAGUCCGGAUUUCGAAUUAGUGGGAACAAUUGUUUCAUAAUACUGGAUGGUAAAUACAUA